AUGGUAACACCGAACGAGACAAUCUAUACACGUGCAGAAGAUGUCCCUAACUUUUACCUUGAUCCGGGGACGACGUGGACGUUCACAUUGAUUCUGUUGGAGCUUUUGAUAUUGGACAAGAGCAAGUACGCAUUCAACGAUACCGUCACCUCUGUAAAUGCCGGAAUCUUAUAUCUGCUUUUGAAAAUUGGCGGUCGCGAUGUAUCGGCAUUAUUUUAUCAGAAGGUGUACGACAUGUUGCACAUUGUAGAUCUGCCGGAUUCAUCUUUCACAUGGAUACUUUGCUUAUUCACUCAGGAUUUGAUAUUCUAUUUGUGUCAUCGCGCUAUACAUGGUAAGUGUACAGUUUGA